AAAGUUUUUACACGUAAUUAAUAUAGUGACAUUAAGCAAUGACAUCAAAUAUGAGUGUCAUAAAUGAGACAGAUAGUGAGAGCCUUACACCUGCAGAAGUAGUGGAAACUGCUAAAACCGCAAUCGAAAAUCUCUUGCCGGAAAAAUCAAAAGAAAAAUAUACUAAUGUCUAUAAUAAAUUUAUGGACUGGAGAACUAAAAAUAAAGUUAAAUCAUUCUCUGAAAAUACACUCUUAACGUAUUUUAUGGAAAUGUCACACAAUCACAAACCAACCACUUUGUGGGCAAAUUACUCGAUGCUGAAGACCACCCUGAGCAUCAACAAUGACAUUAACAUUCACAAUUAUAAAAAUCUUACGGCAUUUCUCAAAAGAAAAUCACAAGGAUUUCAAUCUAAAAAAUCACAAGUUUUAACACCAGAACAAAUUCAAAAAUUUCUGAAUGAAGCUCCUGACGAUAAAUAUUUGGAUACAAAGGUAGCUAUGAUUUUUGGAAUUUGUGGCGCAUGUAGAAGAGAAGAACUGACCCAAAUAACAAUUAAUGAUAUUGAAGACAAAGGAUCUAUACUGCUAGUAAAAAUUCCAAAAACAAAAAAGUACAAACCAAGAUCCUUUGUAAUAACCGAUGAAUUCUACAGCAUUUUUAAAAAAUAUAUAACUUUGAGACCAAAAGAUGUCGAAAAUUCAAGAUUUUUCCUGAAUUACCACAACGGACGAUGUACUAAACAACCAAUUGGACUAAAUAAAUUUGGCAAAAUACCAAGAAUCAUAGCAUCAUAUCUUAAACUACCAGAUCCUCAAUCAUACACUGGCCAUACUUUCCGUCGCACUUCCGCAACAUUGUUAGCAGAUUCUAGAGCUGAUAUAAUAACGUUAAAGCGACACGGUGGUUGGAAAUCAAAUACAAUUGCCGAAGGAUACGUAGAGGACUCCUUCAAUAACAAAAAGAAAGUAUGCAGCCAAAUAACACGUUCAAUACUGAAUAAGCCCAGCACUUGCACUUCACAAGAAUCAGAACGGUUGCCAUACACCUACAGAGGCCUCAUUGUUCCCGUAUUCACUCCUUUCAAUGAUAAUGGAUCCCUUGAUUUGGACGGUAUACCACAAUAUGCGACGUAUCUAGCAAAGAAAGGAAUCAAAGGUGUACUCGUUAAUGGUACAACUGGUGAAGGAAUGUCAAUGUCUGUUGCCGAAAGGAAACUUGUUGCCGAAGCCUGGGCAAAGGCAACGAAAGAAGCAAAGCAACACUUGAUGGUUCAAGUAGGAGGUGCCUCUUUUCCCGAUGUUAUCGAACUUGCAAAACAUGCAAGUAGUCUGCACGUGGAUUCUAUACUUUGCUUACCAGAAUUGUACUUCAAACCUACCACCCCUGAACAACUGAUUAAAUACUUGGAAACAGUUGGCAAAGCAGCGCCGGAGACACCGUUACUAUAUUACCAUAUUCCUGUGAGGACUAAUGUUAACAUACACAUGGGACAAUUCCUUGAAUCGAUUGGUGAUAAAAUACCCUCGUUCGUGGGCAUAAAAUUUACUAGCUCCAAUUUAGAGGAGGGAGCUCAAGCGCUACGUGCCGCUAAUAGAAAAUAUACUAUUUUCCUCGGCAAUAAUCAGUUAGUAAAUGCCGCGUAUGCACUGGGGAUGGAUUCCUUCAUAUUAAGCAGCGCAAACAUGUUUCCGGAACUUGUAUUGGAGCUUCUUACACUUUGCAAGAAAAGAGAUAUGUUAAAAGCUAAAGAUAAGCAAGAGCAGCUUUCGAACUCUGUAGCUGUUAUAAUGAAACAUAAUAAUCAGGCACUGAUGACAAAACUGGCAAUGCAUAUUCUUACUGAUAUUAAUCCAGGAGCACCUCGCGCGCCACCUAAUAUGUGUGUUACACCUGAAACUGAUUCGAAAAAUCUAGCAACUCUGAUACAAGAUUUAUCAGACUUAGGAUAUGAACCACGUCUUAUUAAAUCGACUACCGUACACCUACAGAGGCUUUAUUGUACCUGUAUUUACUCCUUUCAACAGUGAUGGAUCUCUUAAUUUGAACAUUAUACCUCAAUAUGCAACAUACUUGGCAAAGAAAGGAAUAAAAGGUAUUCUUGGUAA